UGUGCCUGCUCUUCCCUCCAGUUGCAGGCACCUUUAGCUGUACCAUGAAGUUCACAGUCCGGGAUUGUGACCCUAACACUGGCGUUCCAGAUGAAGAUGGAUAUGAGGAUGAAUACGUGCUGGAAGAUCUUGAAGUAACUGUGUCUGACCAUAUUCAGAAGAUACUAAAACCUAACUUUGCUGCUGCCUGGGAAGAAGUGGGAGAUGCCUUUGAGAAAGAAGAAACCUUUGCCUUGAGCUCUACAAAAACCCUUGAAGAAGCUGUCAACAACAUCAUCACAUUUCUCGGUAUGCAGCCAUGUGAGAGAUCAGAGAAAGUACCCGAGAAUAAGAAUUCCCAUUCCCUCUAUCUAGCAGGGAUUUAUAGAGGUGGCUAUGACUUACUGGUGCGGUCCAGGCUGGCCCUAGCAGAUGGAGUGACCAUGCAGGUGACUGUGAGAAGCAAAGAGAGAACACCUGUGGAUGUUAUCUUGGCUUCUGUGGGAUAGGUUCUUGCUGGGAAGGGUGAUGUUGCUAUGCCCUCCCUAUUGGUGGAUUUUAGGCUAGUGCCAUCAACUUCCCAGAACCACACUUAAAGAUUAAUAAUGACUUUGAAGAAGCAAAUCCAAGUGUUUGGCCCUGAGCCAGCAGAUCAAACAAUGUCUGUCUUUGCGCAUGAACUUUAGUGUUUCUUCCCUCCUCCUUUACUCCCUCAGCCUUGGUAUGACAAUGCAGCUUUGAGUGGGCUUGAAAACCAGAUACUACUUACACUAUUCUACAGCUGCUUAGCGUCAUUAUAUGCUUCUAUUUAAUGUGUGAAAAACUCUUGGCAAUGUUGGAAAAUUUUGUCCCAGAAGGGUGGAGGGGGAGGGGAAGCCGGAAUCCAUUUUUGUCACAGUUUGUUUUUAUUAAUAGAAAAUAAACACUCAUUCAUUCCAGUUUCAAA